GCCAUCAUGGUGGGGCAGAGAGCCAGACCCACACCUUCUCCUUUGUUUCUAGGUCCUGCUGUACGAGGCCAACUCUCCAGGCAGCUCUCCAGGCACUGCAGCCUUCCAGGUAGCUCCUGGCUCAGCCUGCCCAUUGCCCAGCCUUUGGAACCAGAGCACAGCCCCAAAAAACCCAUGUCUUCAUCCGAGCCCAUCCUGGAUCUCAAGGCAGACAUGGCAGAAGCGCUUCCAGCCCAUGGUGACCCAGAGGAGAUGAAGCAAAGCCACGAGAUGAGGCAGGACCCAUCAAGCCCCAGCGGUGGGGAUGACUUUGCAACCUCCAGCAUGAGCAGCCGUGGUGAGUCCAUCCCAGCUCCGGCCAUGGAUGAGACCCUUGCAGGCAGGUCAGAGGGGGGAGAUCCCAGCUCCACAGACUCCUUGCCAUGGCCAGAAGCCCCCGAGGAGAGCCCAGCCCGUCCCAACACCCUGGACCUCUCCAAGUCCCUGAAGAAGCUGGAGGAGGUGAAGCAGAUGGGGCAGAGGGCAAACAGUGACCACGCAUCAGUGAAGGAGAAUGGGGUGGAGGUCAGCCCUGCCGUGGUGGUGGUGAGUGAGGAGCGGCGGGCGAUGGAGACCGAGCUGGGCAAAUGCAUCGAGGACUUCCGCAAGAUCAAGAUCCCUGUUGCCUUCCCCAACAAGAAGCGUCAGUGGCAGAGCGAGCUGCUGAAGAAAUACCAGCUGUGAGCCCUCUGGUGUGCUGAGGGUCUCCACCAGCAUCCCCGGGUAGCAGCAGGAGGUGUCUGCACUCCCGAAACGAGGAGUGUGGGGUGCUCAUCAAGCCCAUCCAUCAGACAGG